AUCCCCUCAUACUCUAUCUCUUCCUAGUUAUUCUAAUUUCUUUUUCUCUCUCUAUAUGUUAAUAAAAAUUCAGCCAUGAUUAAUUUUCCAAUCUCUCUCAGAUAUUCAUCAUUAGCCUUUUUCAAACAAUCCAUUUCUGCUAAUCCUUGGCCCAAUUCCCUCUGAAACAAAUCUCUAUUUCUCCUCUGUUUUGCAUAAUUUUGUGUUGAAUUUACAGUAAUUAAUUAAUCAAAAAGCAUGGGUGGUGGAGAGAGAAGUAUACUUCACUUUCCACACCUCCAUAUUCAUCAAAGUGGAAAGAGUAAACAGGGUAAAAGAGAUGUGCCGAAAGGAUACCUGGCGAUUAAAGUAGGGCAAGCAGAGGAAGAGCAACAGCGAUUCAUCGUCCCUGUUUCUUACUUCAAUCAUCCCCUUUUCAUUCAAUUGCUCAAAGAGGCGGAAGAAGUUUAUGGAUUUCAUCACAAGGGAACCAUUACGAUUCCUUGUCAUGUUGAACAAUUUCGAUGUGUUCAAGGCAAAAUUGAUAAACACCAUACCCAUCUUCAUGUUCCGUGUUUUAGGGCAUGAGAUUCAAAUUAGGCGUUUUUGUUGCUUUCGGUGCAGGCGGUUAGUGAUAAUGAGGACAAACUUUUUCUGUUUCGGUUUCUGGAUGGUUUGUUAUGGGUCACUGGAGUUGUUAGCUCAAGGAAUUUAAUGAAAUGAAAUUUUACGUACUUUCUAA